CUGUCACUGUCUGGCUUCCAGCCUCCCAAGGGCGACACAGAGGCCAUGAUGGCCACUUCCACCAGCCUGCUGCUGCUGCUGCUGCUCCUGAGCCAGCCCUGGGCGGGGACCCGUGCAGAGACAGAGGCAGUGGUGUGCGCGGGGACUGCUUGCUACACGGCCCACUGGGGCAAGCUGAAUGCGGCUGAGGCCCAGGUACUCUGCAGCAAGAAUGGGGGCAACUUGGCCACGGUGAGAACUGAGAAGGAAGCCCAGCACAUCCAAAGAGCACUGGCCCAGCUCCUGCAGCCAGGGGUGCCUCUGGCACCCCGGAUGGGCAAGUUUUGGAUAGGACUCCAGCGAGAGAAGGGCAAGUGCUUGAAACCCAGCCUGCCGCUGAAGGGCUUCAGCUGGGUAGGCGGUGGGGAGGACACACUUUACGCCAACUGGCACAAGGAGGCCAAGAACUCUUGCAUCUCCAGACGCUGUGUGUCCCUGAUGCUGGACCUGUCCCUCUCUCCCCUCACCAGCUCGCUUCCCAAGUGGUCUGAGGGCCCCUGUGGGAGCCAAGGCUCUCCUGGAAGCAACAUCGAGGGCUUUGUGUGCAAGUUCAGCUUCAAAGGUAUGUGCCGGCCCCUGGCCCUGGGGGGCCCAGGCUGGGUAAACUACACCACCCCCUUCCAGGCCACCAGCUCUUCUUUGGAAGCAGUGCCCUUUGCUUCAGUGGCCAAUGUGGCCUGUGGGGAUGAGGAUAAGAUUGAGAAGCAUUUCUUUCUGUGCAAAGAGAAGGCCACUGAUGUGUUUGACUGGGGCAGCUCAGGCCCCCUCUGCGUCAGCUCCGAGUAUGGCUGCAACUUCAACAACGGGGGCUGCCAGCAGGACUGCUUCGAGGGGGGAGAUGGCUCCUUCCGCUGUGGCUGCCGACCUGGGUACCGGCUGCUGGAUGACCUGGUGACCUGUACCUCUCGGAACCCUUGUAGCUCCAACCCCUGCAGAGGGGCAGCCACAUGUGUUCCUGGACCCCUCGGGAAAAACUACACGUGUCACUGCCCCCAAGGCUACCAACUAGACUCAACUCACCGAGAUUGUGUAGAUGUGGAUGAGUGCCAGGACUCCCCCUGUGCCCAGGAGUGUGUGAAUGCCCCUGGGGGCUUCCGCUGCCAAUGCUGGGUGGGCUAUGAGCCCAGUGGCUCCGGAGAGGGGGCUUGUCAGGAUGUGGAUGAGUGUGCCCCAGGCCGCUCGCCCUGUGCUCAGGACUGCACCAACACAGAUGGCUCUUUCUACUGCUCCUGCAAGGAUGGCUAUGUUUUGGCUGAGGAGGACAACACCCAGUGCCAGGACAUGGAUGAGUGUGAGGGCCCAGAGGGAAGCCCCUGUGACAGCUUAUGCUUCAACAUGCAAGGGUCCUUCCGCUGCGGCUGCUUGCCAGGCUGGGAGCUGGCCCCUGACGGAGUUUCCUGCAUCAAGGGCUCCAUGUCCCUGCAACCAUCGGCUGGGCCUCCCCAGGGGGAGAACACAGGAGAUAGACAGGGGAGGUUUGUGCCUUCUGCCACAAUGUCAAGUCCAACUGGGGAUCUUAAGAGUACCUCCAAGGUGGCGCCCGCCAUGAGGAAACCCUCUCUCCCACUGAAUGUCUCUGUCACCCUUGUCCCACUCAAGACGCUGGCCCCCAGUGAGCCUCAUGGUGUCGGGAUGGAACCCAGCAACUAUCACCCCACAGCUACCACCAGCCAUGAGGAGUCUACGGGUGGGGAUUUUAUGGUCCAACAAAGGGAUGAUGGCACCGAUGGGCAAAAGCUGCUUUUGUUCUGCAUUCUGGGCACUGUGGUGGCCAUCUUACUCUUGCUGGCUCUGGCCCUAGGGCUGCUGGUCUACCGCAAGCGGAAAGCCAAGAGAAAAGAGAAGGAGAAAAAGCCCCAGAAUGCAGCAGACAGCUACUCCUGGGUUCCAGAGCGAGCUGAGAGCAGGGCCAUGGAGAACCAGUACAGUCUGACACCUGGGAUGGACUGCUGAAGGUGAGGUGACCUCAGAGACACUGACAGUUGGCUGCUACCAUCUUCAGAGCUUUGUGACCCUCACCAGAAGGCAGGACCCACAUCCUUCUGAAUGACUGGACUGGAAUCUUAACAAACAGUUGUAAAUCUUCUCCUUAAAAGCCUGGCAACUUGGAAUGUGCAGGUAUAGUCUACACGUGUGUGAUAUUCCUGAAGUUGCGGUGUCAUGGCAGGAAUUUUGUGAAUGUUAACAAUUUUCACUCACUCUCUCUUGUCAAAUUCAAAGGUGACUAAUUUCAUUUUUUGCACUGAUUCUAAAUUACAAGUAAGGUGCUAAUAGGUUCCAUUUCAGCUGUUUCUCUGCUCACUGGAGUCAUUUAAGAAGAAAAGGGGUCUGAAAAUUCUAAUAAGGACUGAAAUGGUUUGUUCCUCUUAG